UGGACAUUGGAUAUUGAGUACAUGUUUUGGAGCGAGUUUCGCCUGACUUUGACCUUGAUCGCUAGUUAUUCUAGAUUUUGGUAUCAUUAGAUAUCUCCUGUCCUGUGGUUCAUCCUUCAGUAUUUAGCUUUCGGUCCUGUUGAGACUAUUAAAGUUGUCCACUGGCUAACUGAGAUAUCUAGAUACACAUAAUUCUUAUUCAACUAUCAUUAUGUGGAAGUCAUCAAGCGGUUUACGACUGAUUUCGACCUUAAAACUGAUUCGUUGUGCCUCAACUGCUGCGGAGUCAGCUCCACGACUAAAAACGUUCUCUAUUUACAGAUGGAAUCCAGAUAAACCUGGUGAAAAGCCAACUAUGCAAAAUUAUCAAGUUGAUCUUAAUGAUUGUGGUCCUAUGGUCUUAGAUGCUUUAAUCAAGAUAAAAAAUGAACAGGAUCCAACGCUGACAUUUCGACGUUCUUGUCGUGAAGGUAUAUGCGGUUCAUGUGCAAUGAAUAUUGGUGGUCGUAAUCAUCUUGCUUGUAUCUGGGAAAUCGAUAAAGAUGUUAGUAAAACAACUAAAAUCUAUCCAUUGCCUCAUAUGUAUGUGAUUAAAGAUCUAAUACCAGAUAUGAAUAAUUUCUAUGCACAAUAUCGUUUUAUUGAACCAUAUUUAAAGAAGAAAAAUGUUACUGAAGAAGAUAUGGGCAAGAAAACGUAUUAUCAGUCAGUCGAGGAUAGAGCUAAAUUGGAUGGAUUAUAUGAAUGUAUCCUGUGUGCAUGUUGUUCAACAUCUUGUCCAUCAUAUUGGUGGAAUGGUGAUAAGUAUUUAGGUCCUGCUGUCCUACUUCAAGCAUAUAGAUGGUUGAUUGAUUCACGUGACGAUUACACGUAUGAACGUUUAGCAGAAUUUCAGAAUAAAUGGUCAUUAUAUCGUUGUCAUACUAUAAUGAAUUGUACGGAAACUUGUCCAAAAGCUUACAACUGACUAGGCGAAGUUUAGAAGUGACUACGUUGGCGAGAAUCGGAUCUGUACCUCCUGCAUGACUGACUGCCAGCGAACAUUCUACCAUUGUACAACCGAUAUAUGUGGACUGGAGUUGAGUAGUACGUCAGUACGUCUCUAACUUCCUCACUGAGAGUGAGGCGGGUUUAAAUCUCACUGGGGAUAAUGACGUUUGUAUUUUCUUUAUCUUUCCUUUUGUUGUUGUUGUUGUUGUAGGGAUUAAAUCCUGGUUUGGCUAUUGCAGAAAUCAAGAAAAUGUUAAUCUAUUUCAAUCAAUACAAGGACAAGAAACCGGAGACAAGAACUGUAUAAAAUAAAACAAAAAACAAAUUAGCAAUGGAUUAUUUAGUGUCCAUCAGUUAACUUUUGUGCUUGUUUUAAUUUACUAAUUUAAAUGCAACACACAAUUUAAAACGAUUCAUUUUUAAAAAAAUUAUCUAUAAAUCAUUUAACUUACAGAAACUCGUAUUGUGGUAUAUAUUUUCUAGUUGUUUAAACUGUCUUAUUUUUCAAACACAUUAGCUUGGCUGACAUCGAAGAAAAUUCCUCUCCCCCAAACCACUCAUUUAUAAAGUCGGGUUUCGUAUAUUCAUCUAUAAGCGACAGAUUUUCGCUUAGGGUUUAAAGAUAUUUAUAACUAACUUGAACGUGAUUUGUUUAUUGGUUGGUCAGUUAGUCCUGAGG